AUGAUCAACCUCUUUGGCUCGGCCGCCAAGAGCGUCCAAUCAUGGGCAAGUCGCUCUCGAAGACCCUCAUCCUCAUCGGCACCAGCCGAUCCUCCGCUUCCUCCACCACAGCUUCCACCACGUCGAAGAGCACCCUCUCCAGUGAUAGUGGAAGACGCAUCUGACGAUGGAACAUCUCUCAUUGAAGACCUCCCGUCAAUGGUCUCCAAAGAUCCCUACCACAGCAGUAGCGACGAGGACUCCACGACCAUCGAUGAUCUUCCUACAAGUACAGAUCCACUACAACAAGUGACACCACCUUGA